AUGGCCCCGGGCGGCGCCGCCACGCUCGCGGUGAGCGCCGCGGUGGGGGCACCAGCUGCUUGGGCCGGGCUGCGCUGGGCGACGAGCUGGCUGGCGGCGCUGGUGGCCGCCUCGACCAGCUGCCCGUCCUGCGUGUGCCACGCGCCGCAGUGGCCCCCGCCUGCGGCGCCGGCGCCGCCGCCACCGCCGGCGCCGAGCGCCGGCGCGGUGGCCGCGGCCGUGGCGCAGAAGCUCGGGCCCUGGCUGGUGGCGAACUCCUCGCCUGCACCGGCCACCUGCCCCUCGGCCGACGAGGUGGUCGCGGCCCGAGCGGCGCCAUCCGCGCCCGAGGCAGGCCCAGCCGUGGGCGAAGGACGCCGGUUCGGGUUCUGGUACCCGCGCGACACGGUGUGGCACGAGCGGGUGCUGCUGUACCCCGCGGGGGGCACGUACUGGUGGGUGCUGACGGCCUUCGCCGUCGCGCUGGACGGCACGGCGCCCGCCGUGGCCCACGGCGCCUUCUACCGGUUCGCGCAGCCGCUGACCUGGGAGGAGUUGCACGCCGCGAUGCUCAGGUCGAGGACUGAUCAGCAGGAGCACGUCGGUGACGAGCCGCUGGUGGACCCCGUGGAGGCAGUUGUUCCCGCCCCGCCAGCGCUGGAGCCGCCUGAGGGAUGCUGCCGGCUGGUCAACUCGCCCGGCCCCCUUCGCCUGGGAGUCGAAGUGGUGCUGGAGGCUGGCGGCGUCAGGCUGGACGACGACCACGCGAUGGUGAGAGAGGCCAGCAUCUGGCAGCUCGUGGAGGCGAUCCCCGUCGGCGCGGUGGACACCUUCAGGGACAGGCGCCCGCGGGAGCUACUCGGGCUGGUCGAGAGGGACCUGCCCGCCGACGCCCGCGAGAGGGGGCCGCCGCUGCCGCCGCCGGCCUUGCCACCUGGUGGCGAGGCAGAUCCCGCGCGCGGAGGCGCCGAGGCCGCCGGCCCCAGCGCUGACGACCAGGACCUGAGAGACAGGCUGGGGGCGCCCCCCCCGGAGGGGGCGCGCGAGGCGGACUCGGUCGACGACGCGAGGGCGCUGUGGGUUCAGCAUGACGAGCAAGGGGGCCGCCACAAGCCGUGGCGCGAGGUCGCCCGCGAGAUCAAGAAGUACACGUUCAAGGACUGGCCGCUUGAGGACGGCCUCAGCACGGUGGAGCACAUGGCGAAGCGCCGGGAGCAGAACGGCGGAUCCCCUUUGCUCUGGCUGGACCUGUGGGCGCGGGGCCGGCAGCUGAGCCAGACGGACCGCAGCUACAUCGAGAUGGAGUGCCUGCUCACGGCGAUCUUCUAUGCGGGAAGCUACGACCGGGUCAACUUGCCCAGCAUGGCCAGCAUUGAGGUGUUGCGUCGUCGGGUGUCGCAGAUCGUCGAGGCCUACUCUGGUGAUCCCAACAAGCCUCCGAAGUGGGGCGGGCUGCGGCACUACGCGGGCGUGGCAGGCCCGAUGGGCGUGAUUGACCCAGCCUUGAGGACCGCAGUCUUCCGCCGCAACAAGGAGGAGAUGGAGCUGGAGAACUGGAAGAGCCGGGCUGCCGGGCUCCCUGCGCCGAGCCCUCUGGCGCUGGAGGCCGGCGAGGGGCUCCCGAGCGGCGCACAGCCCAGUCGCGAAGUCGGGGUGGACCUGCUGCCGGUGUUCCCCCUGCCAAGGCUGAGCGAGCAUGAAAGGGAUUGGCCGCGGCUCCAGGGCCGCGGGGCUGCUCGGCUCGCCAGGCGAGCCUGCCAGGACUUCGACGAGGUCGUCGACGCCUUGAAUUGGUUGAUGAACCGCACCUCCACAGGCGACAGACCGAAUUUUGACCAGGUGAGGGUGCACGCGCGGAUCCUGGAAUGCGUGGCUGACUGUAUGCCGCCGAUGGAGACCGCGAUCCCUUCCCCGCGAGCGGCCUUUUCUGAGCUGCUGCACGGCCGCAGUGUCUACGACGAGUCGGCCGGGCUCUACGUCCGCCUGGUGAAGCCCCUCUACGCCAAGGGCCUUCUGGUGCUCCUGGACGAGAGCGAGCGGCGCGAGGACGUCGGGAUCUUUUUCGUCUCCAAGAAGUCAGACCAGCUGCGUCUCAUCAUAGACGCGCGGCGCAGCAACCUGCACUUCACCUCGCCCCCUGGGGCGUCGCUCGUGACGGCCGAGGGCCUCGCCCGCAUCGCGGUGGAGGGCGUCGAGUGCCGCGGCCAGUCGGACCUCGGUUUCACGCUGGGCACCUCCGACAUCAGCGACGCCUUCCAUCGCUUCAGGAUUGACCGGGGGCCCUCUUCCUAUUUCUGCCUCCGCUCCGCGACAGCGCAGGAGAUCGGGGUGACCGGCAAGACCAUCGGGGACAGCGCCGCGUUUCCCGACCGCCGCUUGGUGCCAGCCUGCGUCGCCCUGCCGAUGGGGUUCACCUGGUCGCUCCACUUCUGCCACGAGGUGGGCGAGGCCGUCAUGGGCGCCACGCCCGGGCUGGAGCGGGCCCACCGCAUGAGCGACCGGGGCCCUACGACAGUGCUUCGGCCGUCGGCCCAGCUGGCCGAGGGAGGAGGCGCUCAGUAUACGCACGUCGACAACCUCGGGGUGAUGGGCUUCGACGGCGCAGAGGUGUCCUCGAGCCUCGCCGCCGCCGCCACGAGGUUCGACGCCGCGGGCCUGAGGACGCACGAGACGGACAUCCAGAGGGGCCGCGGCGUGACGCUGGGCUGCGUGCUGGACGGAGCCUCGCUGACCACCAGGCUCACGGCCAAACGUUACUGGCGGGUGCGGCAAGGUGUCUCGUGGGCUCUGGGCUGCAGAGCCCUGCCAGGCUGGACAUGGGAGAUUGUCCUCGGCCACUGCACUUACUGCGCCAUGUGCAAUCGCGACCUCCUCCCAGUCUUCAACGCGACGUACAAGUUCAUAGCGGCCCACUACCAGGAGGCCGCGCCGCUCUGGCCCACGGCGCGGGCCGAGAUGGUCGCCUUCCGGGGCAUGAUGCCCCUGCUGCGCGGCGACUGGGCGCUCCCGUGGUGCCCGCUGGUCUGCCUCUCCGACGCGUCGGAGCACGGCUACGCCGCGGUGAGCGCCUCGCUGUUCAAGCCGGCCGCCGUGAAGGAGAUCGGACGGGUGCAGGAGCGAUCCCGCUUCGGCCGCCUGGGCGGCCAUUCCGCUCGGGCCCACUUCUUCGCCAGCAACGGCAUCGUGAUGACCAGCGAGGGGACGUUCAAAGAUGCUGCCGACCUUGGUGAGCAUGACGAGGUUGCGCCCCAGACUCAGCGGGGGCUUGACAGAACCUUCAAAGAGAUGGCAGCGGAGAUCUUCCCAGGGUCCCGCUGGACAGAGAUAGUCGCCCGCGGGUGGCUUAAUACUUCGGAAUACAUUUUGGUUUACGAGUCACGUGCCCUUUUGCGAGCUGUAGAGAUCCUGUGCAGCCUGUCCUCGUCCUCGUCCUCGUCCUCGUCCUCCGCCGAGUCGCCGUCGAACGGCGGGCGGGAGAGGGCCCCAUUCCAGGGGCCUGGAAAAUAA